AAAAUGGAGAAUUCUAUACAAAGUUCCAAACUUGUGCGUGUGUUAUCAAUUGCUUUGGUCCUAUUUCUUAACAUAGAGUUGAAUUUUCUUGCAGUUGCAGGAGCCUUAGACAAUGAUAAAAGAGUUUAUAUAGUAUAUCUUGGCGAAAGAGAACACGAUGAUCCAGAACUCGUCACUGCCUCUCAUCAUCUAAUGCUUGAAUCACUUCUUCAAAGCAAAGAAGAUGCACAUAACUCAAUGAUCUACAGCUACCAACAUGGAUUUUCUGGUUUCGCAGCACUGCUUACAUCUUCGCAAGCAAAGGAAAUCUCAGAGCAUCCAGCAGUAAUCCAUGUUACACCAAACCGGUUUCUAAAACUGAAAACCACAAGAACUUGGGAUCACCUUGGUCUCUCUCCGAUUCCAACUUCCUUUGCUUCACCAUCAUCUGUAAAAGGUCUUCUUCAUGACAGCAACAUGGGCAGUGAAGCUAUCAUCGGUGUCAUUGAUUCCGGGAUAUGGCCAGAGUCAAAGGUAUUCAACGAUCAAGGUCUUGGACCAAUACCUAAGCGUUGGAGAGGAAAAUGUGAAUCAGGAGAAGAGUUUAACGCCACAAUACAUUGCAACAACAAGCUAAUAGGAGCGAAGUACUAUCUUAAGGGUCUACUGGCUGAGAUUGGAGGAAACUUCAACAGAACAAUCAUCCAAGAUUACAAAUCCAACAGAGAUGCAAAGGGUCACGGCACGCAUACAGCCACAAUUGCCGGUGGCUCAUUCGUCUCCAACGCAAGCUACUAUGGUCUAGCAGGAGGUACCGUCCGAGGCGGUGCUCCUCGGUCCCGCAUAGCUUCAUACAAGCCGUGUUGGAACAUAAUGCGAGUCGACGGAAGUUGCACAUCUGCUGAUAUGUGGAAAGCUUUUGAUGAUGCUAUACAUGAUGGGGUUGAUGUUUUGUCGGUUUCUCUCGGGGAAGAUAUUCCCGAGGGUUCUGAGGUUGAUACAAGCGAUACAAUUGCGGCUUUCCACGCGGUGGCUAAAGGGAUCACGGUGGUGGCUGCAGCGGGUAACGAAGGCCCUGGAGCUCAGACUGUUAGCAAUGUUGCUCCUUGGCUCUUGACCGUUGCUGCAACUACUCUUGACUGGUCUUUUCCUACAAAGAUCACACUUGGGAAUAACAAAACCCUCUUCGCUGAAUCUCUGUUCACUGGACCGGAGAUUUCAACCGGUUUAGCUUUCUUGGACGUACACAGUGAUGAUAAUGUUGAUGUGAAGGGGAAAACAGUUCUUGUUUUCCAUAAUUCCUUUGCAAUUAUAGGGAAAGAUGUAGCAGCAGUCAUCUUAGCCCAAAAGCCUAACGAUCUUCUUUCUCGAUGCAAUGGUUUACACUGCAUUUACGCAGAUUACGAGCUUGGAACUGACAUUUUAAAAUAUAUACGUACCACCAGAUCUCCCACUGUGAGAAUUAGUGCGGCUACUACACUAACCGGUCAGCCUGCAACGGCUAAAGUUGCUGGAUUCUCAUGCAGAGGACCUAAUUCGGUUUCACCAGCCAUUCUCAAGCCUGAUAUAGCAGCCCCGGGUGUGAGCAUACUCGCGGCAUCUAGUCCGCUUGAUCUAGAACAACACAACGGAUUUAAACUCGACUCAGGGACAUCGAUGGCAACUCCUGUUGUUUCCGGAAUCAUAGCUCUCCUCAAAUCUUUACACCCUAAUUGGUCUCCAGCAGCAAUAAGAUCAGCUUUAGUCACAACAGCUUGGAGGACAAGUCCAUCUGGAGAACCCAUUUUUGCUGAAGGAUCAAACAAGAAGCUAGCAGAUCCAUUUGACUAUGGAGGUGGACUAGUAAACCCUGAAAAAGCUGCAAAGCCCGGACUUGUCUAUGAUAUGGGGAUCAAAGAUUACAUCAAUUAUAUGUGUUCUGCGGGUUACAAUGACUCCUCAAUCUCUCGUGUGCUCGGUAAAAAGAACAAGUGUCCAACUCCUGAGCCAUCAAUUCUUGAUAUAAACCUACCUUCAAUCACAAUCCCAAAUCUUGAGAAAGAGGUCACACUCAAAAGAACUGUAACCAAUGUUGGACCCAUCAAGUCAGUCUAUAAAGCCGUGAUCGAGUCUCCUCUUGGUAUAACUCUCACCGUGAAACCGACCACACUCGUGUUUAACUCUGCAGCUAACAGAGUACUCACUUUCUCGGUUCAGGCUAAAACGAGUCAUAAAGUCAACAGUGGCUACUUCUUUGGCAGCUUAACAUGGACUGAUGGUGUUCAUAACGUUACCAUUCCUGUCUCUGUUAAGACAAAGAUUAGGAUCAAGCCUUAACAAGAAAACUCAUUAUUGUCUACAACGAUCUAAAUCGAUGUAAUAAACAAAGCCAUAUGAUGCUCAUGGUCUUUGUCCUUGUGUAAACUUUUGCCAAUCCUAGUUCAAAGUGUGUUGAAUAAAAUCAAGAUCAUUAUAAUAAGAUCAAAAUCACCAUAAAAACAUAGUAGAAUCCAUCUCUCACUCAAACACAAACUGAGAAAACCGUAAGGGUUUCCUCAUUUAUUCAUCACAACCAUUUAUAUUAUGCAUAUAAAAA